CGUCACCACGCAGAAGCCGGCUGGCAGCUCCCAAUCAGGCAGAGUCUAGAACAAAAGGUCACUGAAGAUAUCACCUCCGCAAAAACUUCAAUACAAACAGUGAACAUACGUAUUCUCUAAUAAUAACACAUCUAACGACAGCCAAAAUGUUUGCGCUUUACCUUACCGCUGAGCUUACUGGAGUCACCAACCUCCGCCCUGACGACAGCGAGGGUAACCCGUUCUGGUACACCUUCAAGGUUCAGUGCACCUCCUGCAGGGAGGUCCAUGACAAGCCCGUUGGCGUGAGCCGUUUUGAAAACAACGAGAUGAGCGGCAGCCGUGGCGAGGCCAACUUUGUGUGGAAGUGCAAGAACUGCAAGAGAGAGUCGUCGGCUUCCAUCAAGGCUGCGCCGGCCGCUUAUGAGCAGACGGAACCUGCCAAGAAGCAAAAGAUUAUCGAGUUUGACUGCAGAGGUUUGGAGUUUGUCGAGUUCCAACCUGAGGGCGCUUGGCUUGCCGAGGGCGUUGACUCCAACACCAAGUUCGCCGACAUUGACCUGACCGAGGGUGAAUGGUUCGAUUACGACGAGAAGGCCAACGAUGAAGUUAGCAUCAAGGAGCUCAAGUGGGAGAUCAACCGGGCUUAAAUCCGUCAACUCCCUCUCAUCUCUUUUGACAACAUCCAGUCCAACCCUAACCCUCAACCUUCAACCUCACUUGUGAUGAUCUGUUGAUGCGACUUGUUGUUUCGUGAUUGGAAACGAGGGUGGUGGGAUUGAAGAACAAAGUGACAUAUAAAACGUUAUGCAGACCGAAGGGACCGCUGGUGUUUUGAU